CUAUCUUUCCCUGCGACUCUAUGGUUUGUUUUGUUUUGCACCGGAAGUGACUGAUGCGGAAGUGUUGAGGCUGUUGAUUGGCAGGUGGGAUGCAGGGCUGUCAUGCUGCUGAGCCCUGAGCUGUCAUGAUGCUGAAGGUGGCGGGUGGGUUUCUGCUGGUGGUCCUCCUGGCACUGGCCCUGGGCAAGUACAGCUCAUCUGGACGCCGGGCACAGUUACAGCGCCGCCAUGAGGGGGACAGAGGACCUGCACCUGGGAAGGACCUGGACAACAUCUUCUGGGCUGUGCAGGUUAGCAGUGAGUGACAUGGACAGCGACCUGGCUGCUCUAAUAUGGGGACAGCCUGCAGGGGAGGCUGGAAUUCACAUUAAUGGGUAAUAAUGAGGGGGGGGGGGGGAUAAGUCAUACAUUAAAUGGCAGGGGUGAGGGGGGGUUGGGGGGAUGGAGGAGGUGUAGGGUGGCUUGGGGGAGGGGUGGAGAGGUGUGUAGGGAUAGCUUGGGGAGGGAUGGAGAGGUGUGUAGGGAUGGCUUGGGGAGGGGUGGAGAGGUGUGUAGGGAUGGCUUGGGGAGGGUGGAGAGUGUAGGGAUAGCUUGGGGAGGGAUGGAGAGGUGGGGGGGAGGGAUGGAGAGGUGUGAAGGCUUGGGGGAGGGAGGAUGGAGAGGUGUGUAGGGGUGGCUUGGGGAGGUGUGUAGGGUGGCUUGGGGAGGAUGGAGAGGUGUGUGGGGGGAUGGAGAGGUGUGUAGGAGUGGCUUGGAGGGAGGGAUGGAGGUGUGUAGGGGUGGCUUGGGAGGAGGGAGGAUGGAGAGGUGAGUAGGGGUGGCUUGGUGGGAGGGAGGGAUGGAGAGGUGAGUAGGGGGUGGCUUGGGGAGGGAGGAUGGAGAGGUAGGGGUGGCUUGGGGAGGGAGGGAUGGAGAGGUGUGUAGGGGUGGCUUGGGGGAGGGGAGGAUGGAGAGGUGUGAUGGGGUGGCUUGGGGGAGGGGAGGAUGGAGAGGUGGGGAGGGAGGUGUGUAGGAGUGGCUUGGGGGGAGGAGGAGAGAGACAGGGGGGGGUGACAGACCAAUCACCAUGAUGGGGAUGACAGUAAAUGGAGAAAGCUAAAAAUAGAAAUGUCACAUGAUUGGUACAGAGAAUGAAAUGCAGAUUACAGAAUUAUGGUGAAUUUAAACAAAAUCUGUGCUUUGAAUAAAAAAAAAAAAAAAAAAAAAGUUUUAAAAUAUAUUGCUUCUGCAAUACAGCCAGCAUACCUAACCAGACGCUGUCUGCGAAUAAAACCGUCUUCAUGAAUGAGGGAAAAGACCCCCUAUGCUGUGGAAGCUUAAGGCCCCAUUUCAGUAUUAAAUACUGAUUAGAAGAAUAUGUUGCAUAGACACCCUCUAUCUGCUUAUUUACAAUCAUUGGCUCAUUUUGAUCAAUCACGCAUUAUACCUUGUCCAUAGGCCAUGGAUAAUACAGUUCAUGCAUCAACAUUGUGCAUAUUGCUGGAACAUUCAAUACCUCGCCCACGGUUUUUACUGUGCAUCUGUAGCCAUUUUAUGUACCACCAGGAAUAAUACCAACACACAGUACUAUAAAAUUAUUACUUAUGCAGAAAAUCUAUUGUUUGCAGUGACCAACUCCUCAGUCACCCUCCCAGUGAUAUUAUAUGGGUCUGGAAAAUGUUGUCAGUUGGCCAACCUGAAAAUUAAAGGAACACUGUAGGAUCAGAAACACAAACCUGUAUUCCUGACCGAUAGUGUUAAAAACAUUAUUUGAAAAGACAGUGUUUACUGGAAAAAGCCUGCAGGGACUGACUAUACUCACCAGCUGCAGAUCUGCUGUAUGCAGCCUUUGCAAGCCCCCUCCUCUUUCUCAGGCACAGACUUUCAGUUUGUGACAGGGAAUAAACCAAUCCGAGGCAUUUCAUUUAGAAGCCUCUGAGCUGGAGCAGCAAGCUCGUACUCUCAUACAAUAGCAGCUUUUCAAUACUUUAUUUAUUACAGCUCAUUCAGAAUGUGGGAUUGCAGGCAUGGCAUUUCUUAGCACACUUUCCAUUUUCUCUCAGGGACAGUCACGGCGUUGUUUCUGCCCCGGCUAUAAAAGUGAAGAUUACAACUGAAGGCCUCCAUUUAAUAAGCUUUCCAAAUAAUUCAAUGCUGUGAGUAAAAGUUUCCAAAUGAUUGACCUACAAAAGUCACCAUUAAUCUCUAUGGGAAUUUUUGUAGCUAAAUAAUUUGGAAAAAAAUUUCUAACACAAUUGAACCAUUUGGCAAGCUUAUUAAAGGACCACUAUAGUGCCAGGAAAACAUACUCAUUUUCCUGACACUAUAGUGCCCUGAUGUCCCCCUCCCGCCCGGCUCUGGGGAGAGGAAAGGGUUAAAUCUUACCUUUUUUCCAGUGCAGGGCUGGGAGCUCUCCACCUCCGAUCCUCCUCUUCGGCUGAAUGCGCAUGCUCGGCAGGAGCUGCGCGCGUUCAGCCUGUCUCAUAGGAAAGCAUUCAUAAUGCUUUCCUAUGGACGCUGGCGUCUUCUCACUGUGAUUUUCACAGUGAGAAGCACGCAAAUGCCUCUAGCGGCUGUCAGUGAGACAGCCACUAGAGGCUUUAGAGGCUGGAUUAACCCAUUUAUAAACAUAGCAGUUUCUCUGAAACUGCUAUGUUUAUUUUAAAAAGGGGUUAAUCCUAGAGGGACCUGGCACCCAGACCACUUCAUUAAGCUGAAGUGGUCUGGGUGCCUAGAGUGGUCCUUUAAGUUGGGGUCAAAAUUGGCACUUUUAUAACUUUUCACAAAUAUAACAGACUCCAUCACAUACAGCAAUUCAGCAAGCUCCAGUGCUUUCUGUGUCUGGAGUGUUACUGUAAACUGAUGGAAGUUGAAACACCGGAAUGAUUUGCUCCUGAGUGCUUACAGACUUUCUCUCAUCCGUAAGAGAAUGGGUGGAGAGGUUAGUGGAAGUUAGUUAAUGACAAUGUAGAUUUGCCUCUUCAUUGUUUUGUUAUUGAUUUUCCUGUGGUUUGUAGUAAACAAAAACCCUCUUUCCUGUGAUACAGAUUACAGAUAUCCACAUCAGUAUGUUCUUGGAUCCCACCCGGUCCUCGGAGUUUGAAACAUUCUGCAAAGAGAGCCUUCCUGUCAUCAGCCCUGCCCUUGUACUAGCUACAGGUAAUUGAAUGGUAUGCUUUCCUAUUCUAACUACAUUCUACACAAUAUAGUGUAUGGAGCUGCCGGUCUGCUCUGUAUGCAGUUAUAAGCUCCAGGUAUAUACAGGACAAACUUCUGAGAUCCUUAAAAAUGCUGAGGACCUGGUUCUAAUAUUUUUUGUGCGCUGUAAGUCCUACUCAUGAUGACUACUACUUCUACUAUGAAAAGUAACGCAUGGUGUAACAAUUAAUUAUAAAAAUGUAAAGGAGUUUACUAACAGGUGAGAUGUUUUUUUUUUUUUUGUUUGUUUGUUUUUUGUCAUGUACAUGUACACCAAUUAUCUGAAUGAGCUUACGGUAUAUUGCUGUUGAAAUAUAUUGGUAGCAUGGUUUUGGGCAUUUCCCAAAUGGGGUUCCGCCGUAAUUUCGCCAAACAAAAUGGCCGCCGCAAUUUGAUCACUUAACAGGGGCCCGGUCAGGUGUCACAGCCCUUUAGAGCACAACCGGGCACCUGUAGUAUCGACCAGCUGGGAGGAAGUGACAGCACUUACUCCCAGCUUUAUAGAGUUGCUGCCGCGCAUUAGGGAGGAGGAGGCUGGAGACAGCAGCCCAGAGAGGGAGCAGCAUGCAUGGCAGAGGAGAGGUUGGAGUGAGCAUGCAGCAGCGCAAACAUUACAUACAAAUACACCCCUGUAUCAAAACGUUAACAUUAUAUACAAUUACCAACUGUACACAUAAAAGCACACCUGCUCCUAAGUACUACUAUCUGCGCUACGGUGCCAACAUUUUUUGUGGGUUCUUUUGAACUGUACUGUAACUUCUAACUAUACCACAUGUUUUGUUUCAGGGGACUUAACAGAUGCCAAAACCAAGGAUAAGCUGGGCUCAGAUCAGUUUGAAGUUGAGUGGCAAAUUUAUCAAUCUGCUGUGAAGAAAUCCCAGAUUUUGGAGAAUACCAAGUGGAUUGAUAUACGUGGGAACCAUGGUAAGAUGCCUAAAGCAAUAGCAUUUUAAAUCUUAAACAACAUAAGACCAACAGCUCAAUGAAAAUAUCUGCACUACUUAAAAUGCAUUUGUUCUUUUUGAGGGACAGUAAGCAGCAGCUAAAUUGUUAUAUUUAAAGGACCACUCUAGGCACCCAGACCACUUCAGCUUAAUGAAGUGGUCUGGGUGCCAGGUCCAGCCAGGAUUAACCCAUUCCUUUAUAAACAUAGCAGUUUCAGAGAAACUGCUAUGUUUAUAAAUGGGUUAAGCCUUCCCCCAAAGCCUCUAGCGGCUGUCUCAUUGACAGCCGCUAGAGGCGCUUGCGUGCUUCUCACUGUGAUUUUCACAGUGAGAGCACGCCAGCGUCCAUAGGAAAGCAUUGAUAAUGCUUUCCUAUGCGACCGGCUGAAUGCGCGCGCAGCUCUUGCCGCGCGUGCACAUUCAGCCGACGGGGAGGAUCGGAGGAGGAGAGCUCCCCGCCCAGCGCUGGAAAAAGGUACGUUUUUUUUUUUCCAUUCCAGAGCCGGGCGGGAGGGGGACCCUGAGGGUGGGGGCACCCUCAGGGCACUAUAGUGCCAGGAAAACGAGUAUGUUUUCCUGGCACUAUAGUGGUCCUUUAAUACCGCGUUAGGCCUGACUGUUUGGAACAUCAUCUUUAGAUUUACACAUAACACUAAGAGUGUUUUCAAUUUAAAGCCUGUAUAUUUAAAAUGUCACACUGUUUCCAUAUACAUUUAUCGAUGUAACCGUUCUUAAUUUCCCAAUCAAGUUUUUGUUCAGAAAUUAUUUUAAAAAUAUUAAAUUAUUUCUCUUUUCUUUGAAAUCAGAUUCCUUUAACAUUGCUGAACUGACCAGUUUGAAAAACUACUACAGGUAAUGCACCUGCAAAAUGUUACUCUUUGGGUAUGAGUAAUCUAACAGAGUAUUUUUAUAAUACAAAGAGGCUUAUUUACUAAACUGGAAUUGUAUAGAACUGCCUAGUGAAAUGGAAAUUGUAGCCCAAGGUACCUUAACCUUAAUAUCUCUGAUCUGCAGAAUUUUAUUAAAAUGUCUGACAUAACGGCCUAUAAUUAGCAUUUUCCAUUUAAAUUCCCCAGAGUUUCACAGUUUAAUGUGAAAAAGAAAACCUUACUGGGAGUUGGAAAAUGUCUUUAUAUUUUUUUUUAUGUGUGUGGUUGAAUGUAUUUCUUUGGUUCUUCUUUUUAAAGGAAAUAUUCUUCAUGGAAGAAAGAAGGUUCAUUUCAUUAUGUCCAUCGCACGCCAUUUGGGAAUUAUUCAUUUAUAUGUGUAGAUGCCACACUCAACCCAGGCCCCAAGAGACCAUACAACUUCUUUGGCAUCGUAGAUACGGUAAUGAAUACUUUUAAUCUAGUAGUAGAAGAAUUGAAGGAAUGCUAGUCUAAUCUUGCAUCAAGUAUCCUUUUUUUUUUUUUAGUCAUAAUUUUACAGUUGUAUAAUAGACAAAAGUACAUUAUAGAUAAAAUCGUUUGAGGUGGAGCCUGACUUCCAAGCCGACUAGUCGUGCCUGUCAAGAGCUCCUGCGUCUGGGGCCAAGGUUCUGGCUUUACUGCCAGAGCACCCGAUCAUACUAGCUGCAAACAGCAAUUUUAGUGACCCAGGGACGGCACUGCACCCGGGGAUACCUGACUCAAGGUUCUCCAUUGCUGAGCUCUCUGAAUCGUGACCGGCGGUCUGUACAGGUUGGUGCUGAGGAGAGAUGGCCGCUCUUCCGGUUCUCUGGCUGGUGGGGGAACACUCGCAAAUCGUCCCCCCCCCACCGCGCACUCGACAGCCCAAACAGGCAGCACACAAUGCCUACCUUCCCAAAGGACUCCAGGCUUGUGGCAAAAAGGUACCAGCUCUCCCACAACCCCUGGGCAGGAGGGGCACCCUGUCUCCACACCGCUACACUGUUCCCCAAAGUGGACUGAGCCCUUACCUAAAAUAUGACCCCCGCAGAGGAAUCGGAUGACUGUCCCACAAAGUAGCUAGAGGGGCUUGCUUGGAUGCCCGCACAUUAAGUCCACCAACACCACCCUGGACACAGAUACCAAGCUUUACAGCUGAUGGCGUCAGAUUGGACCGUUUACCUUUGCAGUUGAACGAACGAUCAUACCACACAAUGUAAAAACAAAGAAAACGUUACCUGCGCUCUGGCCUAAAUCCCCAUGUGCAUUUAAACAAAAAUACCACACAAUGUACUCUACUACUCCAUGCACUAUCUACUGCAAUUUACAUACCCUAGGAUACUGCAGAGCUAGAUAAGCUUUAGUUAGAUGCAGACGUAGCACAAGCACCUGAGGAGCCUACCUACCUACAAAUUAUGUAUACCUUUUUCGUAGUCUUGGUAAUAUAUGCAGAAGUAGCGGUUCAUGCCAAAUGAGAAAGGGAGGAAGUAAGUGAUCGGCAUAGUAGCAUUAACGUGAUUAUUUUACAUGCUCCACUCUUAACCUCUAUGCCUCUGGUAGUGAUUCUAGUCAUGUUCUAAUAUUAUAAAAAUGUGCAAGUCUUAUGUUACCCAACUGGAAUACGUGAUGCCCAGCCUGAGGAAUGUCAUUGGGGUACCUCAGGCCUGUUUGUAAUACUUUUAUGCAUUACAAAAAUACAAAGUGAAAGUUUACAAUUAUACAUUCAGAGGAGGUGCACAGAGCUUAGAAUGAAAUUCUACAUUUUAGAACAAGCAGCUAUGCAGAAGCACGUAUAUAGGUGUGCAUUAUACAAUUACAUAAUACAACAUGCACAGCCAACUUGCAAUUUGAACUCGUUGUAAGGUGCAAUACCUUCAGGGCAAAGAAAAUAAGAGAGGUGACAAAGAGAGGUUCAAUAGCAAAUGCGGCUGGAGAAGGGUGGUAAGAAGAAAGGGAAUCGCUGCCGCUUAAGAGGUAAAGACUGUGUAUACAACAAACUGCUUCCUGAGCACUACAUUCGAAAUCUCUUCCCAUAAUGUCCACACUUUGUGUAAGGAAGGCAUUGAGCUUCUGAUUUGGACUGUUUGUCAAUCAGGUUUUAUUUUGUAUAUCACACAUUCCACUGCAGGUGCCUUCUUUAACCUUCCAAAUAACUUCCACUCAUGGGUAGUGAAACCAUCUAGGGCUGUGGUGAUUAUAAAGAACAAACCAAGAAUCUAGGCCAGCGGAAGAUACUUUUUUUUUUUUUUUUUUGGAACUUUCUCAGGGACAAUAAUUGAUUUGCAUAGAUGGAAUGUAUAUGCAUAUUAUGGGCAAACUGUCAGCCCCAGCGGUGAAGGAAAAAGGUCUAAAUGAUUUACAAAUGUGUGUUCUUCCUUGCAUCUGGGUUCCAUAUCCACAACACAAGAACCCUGUGUCCUGAUAACACUAAGGUCAUUUUAUCAUAACUUACUAUUGGAAUGCCUGUACACCAGUCGAGGGAAUUUGUAUUUGUGAGUACUUUCAUUUAUGGGGAAAAAAUAUGAAUGAAACUACGUAGCUAAUUAAUAAAAAAAUGUAAAAAAAUGGCAAUUAUCUUAUCAAUGUUUGAUUGAUUUACAUGAAAUAAUAUCCACCAUAGCAAACAUUUAUUUUUAUUUGUAAAUACAAUAGAUGUCUAGCCAUACCGGUCAUCCAGCAUAUUACAGAGUUUGGUUACUGUCAAUAAGGGCUGCCCUAACACGGCAGCUUGGUGCACUUUACACUCCGCUGCCGUAAACUACAAAGUGUUUAUUGAAUUUUGUUAUUUCUAAUUUUGCAUUGUUUUUUCAGGAGCUGCUAGAUUUCUGUAGAAUGUGAAUACUUUUUUUUUUUUUUUUGACAUUCUUUAUUUUGUUCAUUUGACAAACUUUCAGCACAAUACAACUCUGGACAUAUUUGGGUGUGUAGCCCUGAACAUGGAAGCAUUAAAUUAUCAGCAUUAGUGCGUAUUCAGCUUUACCACUGUCAUGAUGGAAAUGUGUCGGUUCUGGACCGGUACGGCAGCGCUUCACUGGGGGCUACUGCCAAGAGCUUUCGGCUUAGCUGUCACUUCAAUAGAUUCUAUUGUAUGCAUGCGAUGUGUGGUAUCCCUUCCGUCAUAUCCUUGUUGGCUUGCUUUAUGAGCUGGGUUGUGUCUGAAUGCCCUAAUAUUGAUAUUCUACCUUUGCGUCUAAUGGUUUGAUGUGUGCGGGUUUCAUAGUAGAUAGAGUGUCACCCAUCCAAUCGGAUGUCCGGCUUGGUCACAGUGGUUCCUCGGUUGGUGCUGCUAGUGUGUUGUGUUGUGUAGGUCUUUGUCUAAGAAGUGUGUUGUGUGUAGCUCAAAAAGUAUUGGUUGUCUCGGACAGGUCCUGUGCGGCUUGUUGUGUCCUAAGUCCUGUAUGUAGCUUGUUCUGUCUAUUGUAGGCGGUUCCGGGUAAUGACUAGCUUGAGGAGCAUAGAGGAAGUAUCUUCCUCAGGGGGCAAUUGUGUCCGACAUCCGGUCCUUAGGCUCGUCACGUCUCCUGGUAUUGUUACCACAUUCUAUCCCUCUUGAGUCUGUUGAUACGGUGCCUGUAUGUUUCCCCUGCGAAUUCUUGGCCUUUCUCUGUCGUUUGCCCUCCCUCCCAUGUUGCUCUCCGUCUGUCCUACGUGUCGUGUAGUGAUAUAGUUUGGCUUGGGUGCCUACGAGAGUUAUGUCUUUGCGGUUCAUCUAUGGUCUGGGAAGUGGGGGUGGGGGGAUUCAGUCAGUUUUGUGUGUGGGGGGGGGGGGUCUUACGUAACUGGUCUUUACUGUAGCCAUGCGUCAGUUGGCGGGGGGGGGUGUGCAGGUGCGGGGGAGCCCCCACUCCCAGUCUGGGCGUCCCUUGUGGCUCCAUUUGCUGUAUAUUCCAUCCAUGGGAACCAGGUUAGGGCACAUUUGUCUGAGCGUCCCUGCAGGGAGGCCGUCAUUUUUUACACUCUGAAAAUCAUUUCCACUCUGUCCACCCAUUGUGGGUGGGUGGGUGUUACCGGGCUUUUCCAUAGCGUGGGAAUGAGCGAUUUUGCCGCUGUGAGUAGAUGUAUGAUGAGGCCCUUUUUAUAGGCCUUCGCGGGUGUGCUUGUGUGGUUCAGCAGUGGUUGAAGGGGGAUAUCUGUCCCAGUGAUGUCCUUAAUCGUCUGGUGUAUCAUUCGUCAAUACAGUUCAAUGCGGGGGCAAGACCACCAGAUGUGGAUACCAGAGCCGCCUUCUGCGCCGCACCUCCAGCACUCGCCGGGGAUUGACUCGUGGAUGUGUCAGAGAAUAUCUGGUGUUCUAUACCAGCGGUUCAAUAUUUUGUAGUUGCAUUCUUGGAACUUUAAGCUUAUGGUCUCUUUAUGUGUCAGUUGGAAUUUUUUGCCAUUCUAGUUCAGAGAGUUCGACCCCCGUCUCCCUUUCUCGACGUUCCGUGAAGCCUUAUCUCCGCUGCUCUGUAGUGUGGAAUAUAGAUGCGAUACUCCAUGCGUAAAGUGCUGCCUGGCCGCACAUAGUUGUUUUAGGUGGAUGUAGGUGGUCCUUGCCUGUGAUCGUGGCAACGUAAGUUUUUAGUUGGUGGUAGCGGAAUUCAUCGAGUAAGCUUGGUCUGCGGUCUUGUAGCAACACGCCAGGGGCUUGAGUGCCGAUCCGCUGCACCACUGGUGCAGGUGGACCCAGUCAGUUACCCCAAAGUUCUUUAGGUCGGCCGGGGAGAGCCCCCCUGCUAAUUUCGGGUUAUUGGUUGCGGGUUUGGCGAUGACGUAAGACUUUUGGAAUAUCGUAUGCUACACCAAACCCUCAACGUGGCGUCUAUCAUCGGGUUGCCUGUUUGCAAUUCCUGGAACGUUGCUUCCCCCAGCCACAACAGGGCUGGUAUUUUACAUCCCUGGGCUUGAUGUUUUUCCAUAUCUACCCAUUGCUUCUCGCUUGGGGUAGCGUGCCAGUCGACCAGCUGUGCAGGUGCGUAGCCUGGUAGUAUGUGAUGACGGACGGCAGUCCCAUGCCUCCCUCGCUCUUUGGGCGUUCCAGGAUCGUUUUCCGUAUGCGCGCAGGUUUUGGAUUCCACACGAACUGCCUGAUGGUUGUCGUUAGUGACUGAAAGAACGUCUGCGGGAUGCUUGACUGUAGCGUCUGGAACAAAUAAAGUAUUCAGGGCAUAACAUUAAUUUUAAUGGCAUUUAUACGGCCAAACCAUGAAAUAUAUUGUGAUGUCCAGCGCUUUAAGUCUUGCUGCAAGUUUGCGAGUAGGGGUGCGAAAUUCAUGUGGUAGGUUUGUGCUAGGUCGUUCGGGAGCCAUAUCCCAAGGUAAUGUAGUUUGGUCAUGCAUAUCCUGAAGGGGAAGUGCGUUCGGAUGUGUCCCUGGAGGGCUGCAUCUCGCGUGAGUGGCACUAACUCCGAUUUGUCCAGGUUGAGUUUCAGGUUGGAAACCUCGCUGUAUUGUCGGAAUGCCUCCAUAAGGUUUGGUAUGGAUAUUCUCGGUUGCUCCAGGAAAAAGAACAUGUCGUCGGCAUAAGCCGCCACGUGGUGCUCUCUCCCACCCACGCGACACCCCCGUCCUGUCUGACCGCUUCCAGGGUGAGGGCAAACAGGAGUGGGGGCAGGGGGCAGCCCUGGCGCGUGCCAUUGCAGAUGUUAAACGAGCUAGUGAGUGCUCCAUUUACCCGUAUGCGUGCAGUUGGUGUGGUAUGGAGCGCAGCCACCCAGGUCCGCAGGUGUGGCCUGUAUCCCAUGUGUCUCAGGGUCUCCAACAUGAAGGUCCAGUCUACUCUAUCAAACGCCUUUUCGGCGUCAGUGGAGAGCAGCACCAUAGCCCAUUUGUUGGCGUGUGCUACAUGGAUGGAGUUGGUAUUCUCGGGCUUUUCUUCCGGGGAUGAAUCCGACCUGGUUUGGGUGAAUGAGGUCUGGGAGUGUCCGGGCCAUCCUGAAUGCUAAUGCUUUAGAGAAAAGUUUGAGAUCCGUGUUUUACAGCGAGAUUGGCCGAUAGCUGGCACAGUUCGUUGGGUCUUUGCCUUCCUUUGGUAUGAUCGUGACUGUCGCCCUUAGGGUGUCUUCGUGAUAUCGGCCUCCUUCCCAUAUAGAGUUUAUGCCCGAUAAAAGUCGGGGUAGGAGAAUGUCCUUGAAGGUGCGUAGAUAGGAGGCGGGCAGACCGUCCAGGCCCGGUGCCCUGUGGGCUUUGGUAGAUUUCAGUGCUCCUGCCAGUUCCUCGAUUGUUAGAGGUAGUUCCAGGUCGGCUUCCUGUUCUGGGGUAAGCUUACGGGUGACAUGGCUAUGUAGAUAGGCGGCGAUCCGUUCCCAGUGGUGUCUUCCCUCCGAUUCCGUCCAGCAUUGCGUCUGGUCAUAUAGCGCCGCAUAGUAUUCUUGGAAUGCUGUCAGUAUGCCAUUCGGGAGUCGUGUGAUGUCUCCCUUGCCUGUGUGUAUUUUGUGAACAUGUUGCGCCCUACGUUUCUCUUGGAGCAUAUUUGCCAGUAGUCUGCCACUUUUAUUAGAAUGUUCAUAGUAGUACCUAGAGGCCUUCCUCGCAGUGUGCAGCAGCUCAUGUGAUAGUAUGGUUUUCAAUUCCCUACAUGCCUCUGUUAGUCUAAGAUAUGUCUUCAUCUAAAUUCUGCUUGUGAGUCCCCUCUAGUUCAACGAUUCGUGUUGUCCGGCUCGAAAUGCGGGCCAUUCUGUCUUUUUUGCGCCUGGUACUCACUGUGAUGAAGUGGCCCCUAACGAUGCAUUUAUGUGCCGCCCAGAGCGUUAGGGGGGUCGUGUCUGGGUUGUCAUUGGUAUUGAAAUAGUUGGUCAGGGUGAGGGCUGUUGUCUUCGUGAGUUCCAGAUCGUCUAGCAAGGAUUCGUUUAGCUUCCAAUGCCUUUCUCUUGGCUUGUAUAGCGGGGAGCUUGUAUGGAUCAGCACCGGUGCGUGAUCUGCGUGGUCCAUUAUGCCUAUUUGUGAACCUUGUAGUAGGUUUAAAAAUUCUUGCGCCAGGAAGAUGUAGUCUAUGCAGCUGUAGUGGGUGUAGUCCCGCUCCUCCGGGUUGCAUGCCCUCCAGCAGUGGACUAAUCCCAGUUUGUGUAGGGAUCGCUGUGCAACACGGAUGCAGUGCGCCAGGAUCGCGGUCCGGCACCUAGAGGUGUCUAAGCGCGGGUCCAAUGGUAUGUUUAGGUCUCCGGCCAUGACCGAAAGGCCCUCCCGGAAUUUCUGUAGUUUGGCCAGCUUCCGGGAUAGGAAGGGUGAAUACAUUUUUAUACACACGUGGUGUUUCUCUGUCAUUUAUGAAAUAGCCACCACAUGUUGCAUGUUGUUUGCUCUGUCUGUAAUAUAGUUUUAUAGUUUCUUAUUCUAUUCUCUUACAGCAACAAAUGCACAAGAUUUCCGUGCUGGCAAUGGAGAGUAUCCACAGCAAUCAAUCAGUGUGGUUUGGCCAUUAUCCAACCUCUACUAUUGUCUCUUCUUCUCCCGGUAUCCGGUCUGUCAUGAGGUCAGGCUCUUAUUUUCUUGUAACUCUGAAUGUUGGAAGUAUAAACCUGAGCAAUCAUUCACCCAUCAGAUAAUGUUUCAGAAGUGAUAUUCAUAAUUAACAAAACCAUGAUUGAAGUUGGAUUAAAGUUUCCAUCCUAGGUAACUGUACAGACACCUCCUAACACAGAUUCAUUUUAGGAAUUCGUUCAUUUUAAAUCUGCUUUAUCAUUCUCUGUGUCCUUAAUAAAAUAGAGCCCAAAGCCAUAAAAAUACAGCAACUCAAAGAGUAUGACAACACUUUUCUCUCAGAUGAAGUAUACCAUAAUAAUCUAGGAAUAUUUCUGACUCUGGUUAAUAACACAGUGCAAUUUUGUUUUUGCUGUCAACCAUUGAUCAUUUGUACAUGUCCUUUUAAUAUAAUGGGGCUGUCCUGAUCGUGCUUGUUUCCAGUUACAUACCCAUAGAAUGCUAGUCUUUUUGGUAGUUUUGAUUUUGUAUAACUUUUCUUACAAGCUGAUCUUAUAAGACCCAUACAGUGGCUUUUUCUUUGUUUACACGUGGUAGCACUUAGAAUAUACAUAAAUUCUUCCCAGUUUGUAAAAUAUUAAUACUCUUAUUGCCAAAAUAAUACACAUAUUCCUUGUAUGGCAAAUGUCUAGAGGCGGCAUUAUCUUACACCCCUGAUUUCUCUGACUGGCAUUAGCUGUAAUUCUCAUCCAGCCAUGAUGAUGGAGCAGCCCCAUUCCAGGGUCAUGGAUUACGUGCAAACCUGUAUUCAGAUCUCAAAUCCUGGGAGUCAGGAAACCAUUUUCAUGAACUGACUCAUGCUAUUUGUCAAGCCCUAGUUUAGAAAAUAAUCGACAUUUUAUGAUUCUGCCUAUCCUGUUCUGAAAGUGAACUGAAGUAGAACUCAUCUCAUCAAUAUGUUUUGCAGCAUGUUCUGCUAGCACAUUGGGUAUGCGUUUUGUUAUCUUCUCUCAGCUAUGAUUAGGGUCAGGUCUUUAAAGCAACACUUUUUAUUUAUUUUUUUAAUAAACAUGAUUUAAAAUUUUUUGCUAUUCCUUUAAAGUGAAAAUAUACUUUUAUUUGUUGGCGGUGGCUGGUAUAUAUUGCUUAUAGAUUAUUAAAGGGACACUAUAGUCACCAAAACAACUUUAGCUUAAUGAAGCAGUUUUGGUGUACCAAUCAUGCCCCUGCAGUUUUACUGCUCAAUUCUAUGCCAUUUAGGAGUUAAAUCACAGCCCUAGACACAUACCCCUGCAUGUGACUUACACAACCUUCCUAAAAACUUCCUAUUAAGAGUCAUCUAAUGUUAACACUUCCUUUAUUGUAAAUUCUGUUUAAGUAGGAAUUUUUAUUUAUCUCAUGCUCUGUGAGUAGCUUGCUAGACCUUGCAGGAGCCUCCUGUAUGUAAUUAAAGUUACAUUUACAGAACGGGAAUUACAUCUGAUUGAAAAUGAAACCACGAUGUUUAUUGUUUGUUUUGUUUUUUUCUUCCUAGUACAGCUGUUGCUUAUAUGUGUGGUCACCUGCACAACCUGGGUGGUCUUGCUCCAGCCUUGCACAGUCAGCACCAAAAGGGGACCUUGGAGUUGGAGCUUGGAGAUUGGAAGAUUAACAGAAGGUACAUUUUCUAUAUAGUAAGGAUUAGCCUAGAGAUUGUUAUAUUCCUGCAAGCAGGAGCCCAGACUGUAUUAUCUGUAAUUUAAUUUAGGGAGCAACGUGACUUUUAAAUGGAAACUGUCUGUCCUCUUCCUGCCAGGUACCGCAUUUUUGCCUUUGACCAUGACCUGUUCAGCUUUAUAGAUAUGACAUAUGAGGAGUGGCCAGCGAUCCUCAUUACCAAUCCCAAAUCACUUCUCUAUUCAAACCCGGCUCAGGAACCUCUAAAAAGAAUUGGACGUUCUACGCACAUAAGGUAAUUUACUGUGACUUUUCAAAAUUGCAGAGGCGAACUACAAACUUAAUAAGGGGAAUAGAAAUCAUUUGUUAUGAAGUCUAGAAAAACUGCAUUUAUUUUCAUUAGUAAAAAAAGGUGUCAGAGGGGAUAUAAUAGCACUAUACAAAUGGUAAUCUGUUUAUUAGUGGGAACAUACAACAAACCCAGUUAUCCAUUGAGACGGUAAGAAAUGUGUUUUCCUUAAAGCAAGACAACGAAAGAUUUGAAAUUCUGUACCUAAAGAGAUUGUUUUAUCAGAUUCUAUAGCUACGUUAAAAAAGGACUGGGAUGCUUUUAUGCAUAAACAGAAUAUGUAAGGAUAUAAUUGCUAUCUAUGUGAACUGGUUGUUAAUCCAAGCAGAAAUCCGAUUGCCAUUAUGGAGUCAAGAAGGAUUCCCCCCCCCCCCCUUUUUGCUGCAUAAUUGCAAAUGGCUACAAUGGUGUUUCGUUUUUGCCUUCUUUUGGAUUAACAGAAUAAAAAGAUGUUGUAAAGUUCAAAGCUUUCAACCUAGAUUACUGAGUAACUGUAUUUUCCACUUCUCAGUUUAUACUCUCUUAUACUAAUAAAAUGUUGUUUCCACUGGUUUCUGAUUAACAGAGGGGGUUUAGGUAAUGAGGAAUGAUAAAACAAGCAUUUUAGUGAACAGGCAGUACGGAUCACAACCUGAAAUGUCCGUUAUGUGUGUCCUGCAACAGUGAAGGCAUAUGAUAUACUUCACACUGGUUAUCAGCCAACUUCCGAAAUCGAAUGUUGGUUGAAGAUAUCACAGGAACUCUCUGGUUAGCUGCACUAAUUCACAAAAAAAAAAUACCCAAAAGAAUGGUAGGCAGAAUUAUUUAAGUGCAUUAUUUUCAAUGCAUCAUUAAACCCAGAUUGUUUCUUUAAGCUCCACUUGAGAGGAAACUUAUUAAACCUGAACUGAAUUGUAUUUUCUGACAGCUUGGUAACAGAACUGUGUAAUGGCCAUCAUUGAUGAAACAAAUAAUGAAAGGGGGAGAGAAGUAAAUCUCUUAAAUUAAUGAAUGAAUGAAUAAAAAUGUGUUUUUCAAAAGAGAGCUCAUUCAUAUCUUGGUUAUAUCUCGGGUAUGACUUGGUUAGUGAAAAUUAUAUGAAUCAGUUGAAGAUAUUGUUGUAAAUUGACUCUGCUUGUUCACUGGCAAACAAGAUGAACUGACCAAUUCCUUCUAUCUAUUUAUUUUAAGAGUUCUGGCAUUCUCCACACACCCCAUCACCUCCGUCAAGGUCAGCAUUGACAAAGUCAUGAUGGGGGAGGCUGGCCAUGUAUCAGGACCUCUCUACAUCUUAGAAUGGAAUCCUGCAGACUACCACACUGGAAUUCAUGAGAUCAAGGUUCAAGUUGAAGUAAGAAACCCGUUUUUUGGUGGUUGUUUUUUUUUCUUCUUAGAUUGAAAUACAAUUGGACAAUCUCCUGUUUUUACUGUGUGGAUGAAUGUUUUGCGAUUUUUUUUUUUUUUUUUUUUUUUUUUUUUUUUUUUUUUUUUUUUUUUUUUUUUUUUUUUUUUUUUUUUUUUUUUUUUUUUUUUUUUUAAUUGUGUUUUUUAUUUAUUUUAUUUUAAUUUUAUUUUUUUGGAGGGGGGGACGACGACACUUUUUCCCCAUAAAGCACUGCGGCAAGGUAAAUUGCGUGCUAUUUGGAGUGUCCUUUUAAAUUGGUAAUGGUUACCUGUGAGUUUGUAGAAUUAACCCUGUUAGGAUGCAUGAGCAUCUCUCUGAGCAUUUCUUUCAGGAACUGAAUUUGGAGGUCACCUGCCACGUGGUGUCGUGGAAGCCUGUUACAGUGCAUGUAGGGUGCCGUCACAAGUGGUGCACGCUUAGACAGUCUGUCUCUUAAAGGAACAUAGUGUUAGAAAUACGAAUGUGUUUUUCUAUUGCUACAGUGCCCUGUUGGCCGUUUAGAUUCUCAGCCUCCACCUGCAGGGAGUAAAAAACUUUACUUACCUUUUCUCCCUUGCAGUUCCAGCCUCUCCUGGGCUGCGAUCAUUGAGAUCGAUAUCAUCAGCCAAUCCAUUGCUUUCCCAUAGGAAAGCAUUAGGAAGCUAGUUUCUCUCCGAGACCAUGUGAGCAAAGUUUUACUUUCUUAUUUCCUCAGACCUGCCUCUAGUGGCUGUAGUUAUUUAAAUCUUGCAAUGAAACAGCAGUGUUUUCAGCCGCAUGGUUAAAAUGGAGGGGGGCAGGGCAUGGCACCCAGACCAAAUUUAUUGAGAUGUCUGGGUGCUUUUAGCGCCCCUUUAAAACUGAAGCAUAGCUUUACAGUGGUUUAAUGAUGUCUCCCAAGCUUCCUGUCUUUACAAGAAACAGUCUAAAUUGAACCUAAUCCAAGUUCCUCUUUUCUACAAUGAAAUCUCUCUUGUAGGAAAUCAGCAUAUAUGGUCAGUAUCCCAGAGUUCCAUGCAAUAACGCUUACAGUGACGUGUCUUUCAAUAGUAAUUAUUGUGUUUAUGGCAUAUAAUGUACUUGUUUGAAAGCCUCUGAUACAGAAAUACUGGCAUAAACAUGAAUACCCCAGUAAUGACAAGUGUUUCUUUGGCCAAUGGAAAUGAUUGUGGGUGAGUGAUUAACUUGUGUAUAUAUAAUCUGUGUAAACCUAUAUCUACAGAACACAAGCAUUUUACAAUGCGUUUUCUAUAUUACAUAUUCAGCAAUCAUUUUCCAUGUUCAGCAGUUGUAACUGUUUAUAUUCCAGGAUGCAGCUGACCACCGCCAAACUAGGAGGCAUUUGUUCAGUUUAGAAGAUGAUGUGUCCCUAAGCUUUAAAUGGCUUCCCACUUUUAUCCUCCUUGUUGAUCAUUAUGUGUUGGUGAGUAGAACAUUGUCUUUGUCGAAUCGCUUUUAAAAUAUCACCUAUAUUUUCUUAAAGAGGGAAUGUCAGUAAUGCUUAAUGCCAAUAACUUUGUUUAAACCAACAUUGGAAUCGCAUCCCAUGUUUAAACUCUCAGUAGCCAUUGCAAUUGGAAUCAGCAUCUAAGAGCACAUGGCUGGCUUAUUUUAAGCUUGAACAGCUUGUUGUUCCUUUAAACAAUCUUAAAAAAUAAAAUCUAAAUUAUCUGGCUUUUAAAAGCAACGUAUGAGUCCAGACACUAAAUUAAGUAGGGGAAAUGCAAUUUAAAUUGUACAAAGCAGCAGGAAUGCUGAAGUUAUUCUAGUCCUAUAUACAUUGCAUUACAAACAAACUUGGUUCUAAAGGGGAUGAAUAGUUCUUUAACAAUAGUUCCCUUACCUCUUUCAAUACUAACACAAAUCUGCAAUCUGUAGAGAUAGAUUUGUACAUGCAAUUAUCAGUUUAUUUUGUGAUCUAUUUCCAUUUGAAUUGUGCCUGUUUUAUUUUGUUGAUUUUUACGUUGCAAAUCUUUAGUCCUAUUUUCUGAGCUAUGAUGUAAUCUGCUCUGAGAAAGCGCAGUGGCAUGUCCCAGUCUUUCUUCUGCAUGGUAACAUCAUGACGGCUAUCAGAGCGCAAUAUGGCAGACUUGCUAUUGUACUUCUCUUACUGGAAGUUAUGUGAAGGUCAUUGGCGAUUCAUUGGCUAAUGUCACCAAAACUGUAAUGUGAAGAGUCUGUUUGAAAGAGACACUCCAAGUUAGAAUCUGCUCCCUCCAUUACCAUUGUACUAUAGACAUUAUGCAAUCAAACAGUGUGUGUGUGUGGGGGGGGGGGGUAAAAAAAAAGCUACUAUCCUUUUAAUUUGCCACAUUUGCUGAGGGCCUAGUUCUGACUCAAUCCUGGCUGUAAAUGUUCUGAGCACUGAGCAGGGUAUUAAGAAUAUAAAGUUAAUUUAUAUUAAGACAGUUAUACCAUUUAUGAAAAUACAUAAAACGAUGCACGCUAGGAAAGGCUGUUUUUGUUUCCUUACAUGUAAAUUAUAUUUGAGGAUUCUUUUAUUUAUUUAACCUGUACAUUCAUUUUGAGUUGGUUAAUACUUUGCAGCGAAGUUGACAGUGUCCUGGGCACUGCCACAAUGAUUGGUAGACUUGUCUGGUAGAGGUUACGUUGUAAUUUACGACUGUAAAUUUCUGAUUAUCCACUCUUAUUAUCCUGCCCAGAGCAGGGGUAGGCAAUCUUCGGGACUCCAGGUGUUGUGGCUACAUUUCCCAUGAUGCUUUGUCAGCAUCAUGCCUACAAGAGCAUUAUGGGAAAUGUAGUCCACACAACAUCUGGAGUGCCGAAGGUUGUUUACAACUGCUUUAGAGAAUGCCCCUGAUAAAUACUAAUGGUAUAUACUGAGACAUGGUUUGUUGAUUGCUAAGAAUUAAUGAGUACAAGUUUGAUAGAUCGCUGCUGCACCAAAAAACAUGUCACUUCUGAAAUAAAGCAUAUAUGUUCUAUAUAUGUACAUAUGCUGGGUUCUUAGAACGUGUGCUUUUAGUCCUUGCUGCACUGCUAUAGCUACGUCACCGGCUCGCAAAGAGUACACAGACAGUGCUUCCCUAUAAUUAGAGUGCCGAUCUGUUUAAGCACUGGAAAGAUGCUGAAUAAUGUUACUGAAAUGUACUUUCUCUCUGCAGGGACAAGUGCUAUUUAUUCUGGCUGUUCUGGGUCAGCUCCUUGUGCUGCUAAUUUUCAGAUGUAAGAAAAGACCAAUUCUCAAGGGUGAGUCAUGACAUGACAAUCCUAUAUUGUAAGACACAUGGCAGUGACCCAAUAUCUGUGAUCCUCUGUGAGGGUAAGACAUACAAAGGAAACUGCCUAUAUUCUUCGGUACUCUAACGGGUGAUUUCAAAUUUUAAAAUUUGGUGCGUUUUCCGAGGAAUGCAAAAUAAAAACAUAAAAUACUAUCUGCACACAAAUCAGUAAGACCUGUACCCCAUCUUAUUGGGAGAUGUCCUUCAGAAUUUUACAUAGCGCCCAUUUUACUCGCUUAUUACAUUUUAAAGGUGUGGUAAAUGUCACUAGACUGGGCCGGAUCUGCUUCACUGUUUUUGGCACCGUCCUAUAAUAUAAUAGAAAGAUAUACAUUUAUAUAUUUUAUUAUAUAGCCAUAGAGACUACUAUGCUUGCGUAAGACCAUACAACCAGAUUAGUUAGAGAUGGUAACAAACAUUACCUUCUACAGAGCGCCAUUUGAAUUAAACUCUGGAAUUAACUAUUUCUACUGGUAAUAGGUUAUGUAUUGUCACCUCUGUUUAUUAGAGGAUUAUAUCACAGAGCAUAUAUUAACUCUGUGGGUGCAUACUUGUUGCACCCUUAAUUUGUUAUCAUCAAGUACAUUAAUGAACAAGAUCUAGUGAUACAUCUGUUCUGAUUAUACAGACUCUGUUCUAAAACUGGCACCAUUUAUAUUGUGUGCGCAUGUUACCUGUACAUUAUUGCUUCACACUUGUGUAAAUUAUUUUAUAAACCUUUUAACAUAAAUGCAUUUUCUCCUUAGGGUUUGUUUUUCCCCCCCAAACUAAAAGCUCCUACGCUGCUUGUCUGUCACUUCUUCUUCAGAUCUCUACCAGUUUCAGUUUUCCAGUCUGAUUGAAGCAAUAAUUUUUGUUAUCAGAAUAAUUACUUUCAGCUCUGCCCGAGUCAGUAUAUCACAGAUUCAGAGCAAUAAAAGACAAUUAACCAUGUAACCAAACAUCAUCUGCCAAAGAUUGGUGGCCACAUUCAGCAUCUUUUUAACAGCACUCUUUACAUCUAUAUUAAGCAGAAUUCCAAAGUAUCUUUCUCUUGCUUGAAAUAUCAGCACUGAUUGUUAUAAUAUAGCUGUGCUAUAUAUCACCGCUACCAUUUUACAAAUGCUUAUUGACAAUAUUUGUGAGCGGGAAAAAUUGCAAACAAGAUUAACCCACAGAGUUUAAAGGUUUAAAUGAUUUAAAGAUCUUAUACCAGGGCUUAAAAUGCGAUCGGCUACAUUUGACCAUGCUACAUGGUUCGAAUAUAACUAUCUGUAAAAUUUGAGUUAAAGCCAUCAAUGCCACGAAAAUGUACAAAAAUGUUAUUAUUGUGCCUGCAUAAGCCGUUGGGGGCUAUGGAGGCUGUAUUGUCGGGUAUUGCACAAUGAAAAAUAAAGAAUUUAAAAAAAAAAUGCUAUCGGCUAGGCCUUUAAAAGUUCUUCACAAUUGCAAAGUUAUAGCAUACUCCCCAAUUUCUACUCUCCAGGCCUAAAGUUUCACUCGGAAAAUGGUUAUUGGUGAGUUGAAAUUUUGAUCUCUAAUAUUGUAAUCACUGUGUUACUCUUCAAAGUCCUAAACUCUCGCAGACCUUCGCUGUACAGAAAACAGUCCGUAGAGCUUACUCAUCUAUACAGCCAGUAGUAACGCUAACCAUGUCUCUCUCUCUGGCGGUUAAUUUUCUCUCGUCUACAGUCUGUUUCCCAGCUGCUCUGUCAAGUAUUUAUUGAGAGACAGAGGCCAGUCCAGGGACACAGUGAGUGAAGUGGAGGGCAUGAGUUAAUGCUGUAAAGCUGCGAAAAGAAUUGUUAUUCUGUUAUAACUACAUAGAAUUGAGCAACAGCAACAAUACAACAUGAGUCCAAUGAUUUUUCACAUCACUGAAUACUGGAGUUACUCUGGACUGUAACUCCCAGUGACCAGCAAUCCAGGCUGAGAGUGAUGGAGUUAAAAUUCACAUCUUGAGUAAGUGCCACCCCCCCAUGUCAAUUUUAAAUAAUCUACUCAAUAUGAAGAUUACGCUUAGAGGUUACCCUAUCGUAGUUUAUAGCAAGAUUGCUGUUAGAAAUGAAGCCGUAAUGACCUGUGCUUCUAUCGAUAUAGUGCCAUUGUCAUAGUACAGUUUUGAUACUUAGUAUUUCACACACGUGGUUUUAAAUGGAUGUAACACUGAUAUAUUAUCAGAUGCCAAGUCACAUAUUUUUUUCCAUGAUUUUGCUUACGUGACUUUGUCUUCUGUUCAAGGGCCUCCAGGGUUUUUUGCACUGACCUCCUUCUCCAUGCAUGUUAUGGCAAAAACCAACACGUUCUUUUAUCCUGCCUUUCUGCUCAUCUUGUAUACAGCACUAGGUAAGUAAAUAUGAAUUUAAAAUUUACUGCUCUAAGAGAUGGAGUCUCUGAAUGUAGGUUCAGAUAGUUGCCCAAAGAAAAAAGAAAGUACCCCUUAGUAUCUGAUGUAUGUGCUUGUGUUAAAUGUCCAUCGUUAAGGCAUUUUAGACGAUACUAAAUAGAUUGUAUGAUAAGCUGAAAAAAGGUAUGUGCAAGGGACUUGGAGCUUAAGAGUUCACAUAAUGUGAAAUGCUGGUUUAGUAGUUUGUAGAAAACAAGCCCAUGUCUGACUCUACCACAAUAAUAUAUAUAUAUAAUACAUACAGUCCUUGCACUCAUGCUUUGAUGAAAUAUUUGCUGGGUGCUAGUAAUCCAGGGAAGAAAAUGUAGUUGUCAGGUAGUGAUCAGCACUCACGGACUUGAAGUGUUAAAAUUUCAAAGUUUAUUAAAUUUCCAUUUAAAAUAUGAUCAACGUUUUAGUCCCCGCUGGGACUGAAACGUUGAUCAUAUUUUGAAUGGAAAUGUAAUAAACUUUGAAAUUUUAGCACUUCAAGUCUGUGAGUGCAAUAGAUAGAUAGUUAUAUAUCUAUCUAUAUCAGUAUAAUAGUUUGUAGUAUUUGUAAGGUUGAAAUCCGUGAGAUAUGCUCGGUGUAGGUUCCUUCUGUAACUGUACAAAUUACUGUAUUUUUUCACAAUAUGAUGCACCCAUAUAUUUUAAAUUGAAAUUUAGAAGAAAAAUAAAACAUCCAGUGCUGUAAUUAUAGUAAACUUGUGUGUGUGUGUGUGUGUGUGUAAUAUAUAUAUAAGUAAAGGAGUUUAAGCAUGCGUGGGAUAGGCAUUAGGCUAUCAUAACUAUAAGAUAAGGUUAGGGACUAAUGAAAGUAUUUAGGAAAUUGGGCAGACUAGAUGGGCCGAAUGGUUCUUAUCUGCCGUCACAUUCUAUGUUUCUAUAAAACUCUGUUUGGAACCUGCAGAGGUGCAGCCUAGAGUCUCCCCAACCACUAUCCACAGAAGGCUGUACUGGCAAGGUAAAGGAGAUCUUUGAUUUCCCUGUUGGCUGGCCUGUGGAUUGACAAAUUUUGCCUAAAUGUUCUCAUUCAGAUUUUUUUCUUUGAAACACUUUGACGUUUGAAAUUGACUUUUUCUCUACACAGGACCCUGGUUUAUCGGUGAGAUUAUAGAUGGUCAUGUAGGCGCUUGCUUUGCGUUUGGAGUAAUAGUCAAUGGACAUUUUCUUCAAGGGAGCCUGACAUAUAUAGUUGGAAUAAUGCAGGUUUGGAAUAUCUAUUUUAUCCAUCACUUAAAGCUAUCAAGGUUAAAGUUCAUAAAGAUACAUUCAGUAAUAAACAUCAUUAUCCGUUCAUGUAAAGGGUAUCUGCAUUGCAGAAAAUAAAUGUAUGGAAUUUAUGGACAUCAACGUUCUAUCCACACUGAGUACUAACCAGGCUGUAUUGAACAGGUGACAGUUGUUCUUUAACCUAAAGUAUACAUAAACAAAUAUUGACAAAUAGCUGUACGUGUUGUAUAAAAUAUAAACAUAAUUAACUCUCCCAUAAAAACACAUCUUUUACAAACCACAAAAACUCAUUUACGUAUCAUAGAUAAAGAAAUAAGAUGUGGCUCUGGUGAUGAAUAUUUUAAAUACCUAUAACCAUGGUAACAAUAUAAAUUCUGUACAUAUACAAAUGUGAAAUGAUACCUUCAAAAUAAUGCUUUUUCUAAAGUCCUUUACGCUAAGAUAUUAUCAAAAUUACAAGUCGUCUACAUUGUAAAGUAGUUGCCAUGUUUUUUUUUUUGUUUGUUUUUUUUUUGUUUGGUUUUUUUUUGUUGGAAAUACAAAAAUAAUUAAGCAUGUAUUUUUUAGGGAGGGUGGGGGUUGUAUCACUUGGUUGUAUCCUAAAAGUAAGUUGAGAAAUUCCCAGGAAUAAAUAAUUGGCACAAACAAAAGCUAGAUGCGUUAAAGAAAGCACUUUCAUUAUGCAUGUAAUUAUUUUUAUCUUCCACCGGCAGUUUGUUUUGUUUGGACUGUGUGUAACUGAUUUGGUUUUGUGUUUUGUAGAUGGCGUUCUUUAACGUCCCUAUGAUGGCUUACAUGUGUUGGUGUCUGCUGGUGCGUUGCAGAGGGCAAGGCUUCUCUUCUCACUUGCGAUACAGCAGGAAGAUUGUAUCGCUGCCCAUCCAUUUCGUGAUGUUUCUUCUGUUUGCAUGGCAAGUCUAUUCCUGUGUCUUCCUCAUGUUAACAUACGGGAGCUUGGCAGCGUUCCUAUCACCGAUGAAGCUGUGGCUUGUAGUAGCUGUGUUGUUCCUGUACAGGAAAUUAUGGAUGUUCAAUUCCCCUCAACUGAAGGCUUAUGCCAUUGAGCUUAAGAGCUGUCAAAGCUCUAGACUGUAAUUCUGAAUAUUUGCACCUUUUCCUUUUUUGUUGUUGUUCCUGAUGAACUAAAAAAUUAAUAUAAUUUUGUAUAAAAGUUUUUAAACGUAUCACUACAAUCGAGGUGUCCACAUAUCACACUUAAAUCCUACAAAUGGAUAUAUCCAUACACUGAAGAGUUGUAGCUAUUCGAGGUAUCCAUUACUUUUUCCAUUUACCUGGGGGGAGCAAUUGUCCCUUUUGUCCAACGUAAGAUUUACCAUAAACCAAGGUAGUCCCUUUGUCUUACAAUUACUUUUCACUGCAUUGGAAUUUCAAAUAAAUUCCAACACAUUUUUUUAUGAACAUUUCGUAAAGAUUUAAUCUUUAUGAAAAUGCUCUGAACUUUUUGGGGGCAAACCAGUAAUGCCAGAUCAGAGCAAUUUCUUCCAUCCUAAAAAAAAGCGUCACUUGGAACUUAAUGAAGUUACUUUUAACAGAAAGUUUUACGGCAAACUGCAAUCACCAUAGCUCUCGAAUACUGGACCUGUCGUAGACAUACAGAAUAAUUAUAGUACACAUGGCUCUCCACAGCCAGAGGUGGUUUACUUUCUGUAUUCAUCAUCAGUCUCCAGAUAUACUAAUCUGUUCCAAUGCAGUAUCACCCUUAAUUACUUCAAGUGGACCUGUGUUUUUUUUUUUUUUUCUUUCUUUUCCUUUCUUUAUACUCCCUGUAUCUUAAUGAUUAUACUUCCCUCCUUGCCACUAGUCUUGUUUAGACAUAUCGUUUCUUUUUUUUGUGCCGGAUAUCAAUACCCGGGAGCAGCCAUUUUGUUCGCUUCCAUGUGAUUGAUUUUACUGAUGGAUUCUGGGUAAAUUUGAUUGGCAACAGAAACAAAACCUUGUUUUAAGCUUUGCCUAUGGUCAGGUUUAAUCAGCCUGACUGCUAAACACAAGGAAAAGUAGUCCCUACUUAAUGAAAACUAGAGCGCUCUGGGAAUAAAGAGGUUCAGGAACAGGGAGCAACAUAGAAAUUGCUUAGAUUAAGUUUGUAUUUGGCGACAGAGCUGCUUUAAUUAAAGUAAAGAUUCUUGAUGGAUUUGGAUCAGCCAUGUCGUCAUCAACUGUGAGUCCUACUUUAUUUUUUUUCUUGUUUUGUUUUGUUUAAAUAAUACAUACUUGCAGGAAUUCUGUCACUUCACAAAAUAUAUAGACAAGUCAACUUCAGGCAAGUUUAAAUGUAAUCUAUGCUGUGGUCUGGAGAGAUUAGCAUCUAGUUUGUCAAUGUGGCAAUCUCACCAGAAUAUUGCAUAGAUUACAUUAACGAUUAACAUAUAUAUUUAUAUAAAAUGGCGUAUACUUUGCGAAAGAUGGCCGCCAGCUAUCCCCAGUUUCGAUAAUCCUCAUUAGUUAGUUAUUUCUGUGCCAAGUGGCUCUGCACUGUAAGUGUACCAAUAAGUACACAAAAUAAAAUUCAUUUAUUUAAUUGUAUAUAUUUGCUAGCUGUUGGGAUAGCACAAAGGAUGAAUUAAAUGCGCUCCACUCUGUGGCAGAUUUCUGCUAUGUUUAUACCAUACUAAAUAUUGCAAACCCAAACUUGAAAAUGCAAGAACUGGAAUUGUUCAACUUAUCAAUUUAAAAGAAAUAUUAUUUAAUACAUUUUUUUAUUAUUUUUAAUUUCUUUACAAAAUUCCAGUUUGCGAACAAAACAAUGCUUUUUAUUUUUAUUUUUUUUUAGUACAUAGCGAGAGUUUGAGAUGUAGAACAUAGCUGCUGUGUUAUCAUAUGUUCUGAUAUUCUGUUUAUUUUUGUGUUGAUGAAGUACAAUCUUGCGUGUUUACUGCACUCUGAAUAGAUUUAGACAUUCGCAGUGUGAGUGUAUAAUGAGGACUUGUUUACAUUGGCAGUAAACUUUAUGACAAACUGUGAAAUAUAAUCGAAGUUAAUGAAAGAAAAUGCAUAAGACGAGGGAAGAGGAGAGAUAUGAGAGCAGGAUUAUAACACAGACUGGGUUAUUUAAUAAAUUAAGAAUUGUUGGGAAUUUAAAAUCUAUUUCAAAUUUUGAAAACAUCUGACUUUUAGAAUUUUUUCAGUUAACGUAUUUUUGCCUAAAAUAAAAAUUAUACCUUGAAAUAAAAUUCACAAUCUUGAGAAAUAUUUAUAAUCCUAACAAAUAAUAGUCUAUAAAAUCCAGGGAAGCGGGAAGAGCCUAAAAUUCAUAACAUUUUGAAAAAUGAAAUCAUAACAUCUACUUUAACCCCUUAAGGACCGCGGACAUACCGUGAUCGCUUCCAAACGCUCUAAGGGUAUUACGAUGUCGAGGCAUCCUGCAAUACAUCUCCUGACUUCCGGGCCACCAAGUUAUCACUCCCCAGGAGCGAUCACUUCCGGGUUGCCCCACGUGGUGCCCGGCAGUGUAGCAGCGCAUCAGAAGGCAUCGGGCAGUUUUCCGAUGCCCUGCCUGUGUGCUGAGUGCCUUGAGGGGUUGAGGCACUAAAUGAAGAUUUAAAUAAAAUCAAUAAAAUAAAAAAAACAGAUAAAAUAAAUGUAUUACUCUACCCCCUCCACCCCUGCCCAGCUAUGUGGCUUCCAAUAUUGGGCUGACUUUCUAAAGACAGUGCAUCAUGGGGCUUCUGGGGGUGUCCCUAGCCUGCCUCAUCAUAGAGGCAGGCUAGGGUCAUCCAAUCAGAGCUUGCCCCUAUAAUAAUAAUUAUUAUUACUAUGAUCGCCAUUUGUCUGGUCAGGUCAAUAUUAGUAAAUAUUGACUGAUCGGUGUAGAUCUCCCUUUUGUGUUUUAGGUAGAGAGUUUUAGGUAGGGAUUUGUAAAAUUGUGAGACCCAAAGGCUCUUUUCAGAGCCAUUAACCCCUAUAUUGCCAGUGAUAACUAUAAAUCACUGGCUCUUGCACAACAGCACUUUUUUUAGGGGUUAUUUUUUUGGUGAGACCCAAAAGCUCUUUUCAGAUCUAUUAACCACCUAGCCUACCUGUGAUCACUGGCUCAUGCACAGCAGCACUUAUUUUGCUGCCUGUGCAUUUUUUAGGGAUUAAUAAUUUUUUUAAUUUUUUUUUGUGACAGAUCACUAAAUAAAGUGAUUGUGAUCAUGUCACAGGUUGCCUAGGGCUGCGGAGGCAUAUGCUAUCCUUGCGUUAGAGUCUGACGUGUAUAUGUCUGAUUCCGACCCUGAUUUUGACCCUGCCAGGUGCUCAGAUACAUUACUAGAUACAGUGUCUGGUGAUAGGCCCGCUGCCAGAAGGAGAGUGCUGCUGAGAAGUGGGUAGCGCCUCAUCGCCAGAAAUUCCACCCUUCACUGCAAAUCCUGGCAUCAAAUUUGAUGUCGCAGGAUUUAGCCCCCAACUGUUUAUGGAGGUGUUUCUGGGCGAUUAUAUAUUGGGGAACAUUGUCGCCCGAACUAAUUUAUAUGCCCAUCAGUUCUGUGCUUCAAAGCCUGAUUUUUAUUUUUUUGGCCAAAACAGCAAUGGGCCUCCAUCGAUGGGCCAGAAUUUAGAGCCCCAUCUGCUCUAUCCCCAUUUACCCCCGGUGUCGAGAAAGAUGUAUGAAAUUAUUCUACAUUUCAUACACUUCAGCGACAACAGCCUGUACCCCCCCAUGGAGCACCCCCAAUUUGACUGUAUAAAAUCCGCCCCCUGAUAACACACUUUCAGGUUUGCAUGAAUCCCUGAUGAAGUGUAAGGGAAGGCUGGGCUUCAAGCAGUAUAUUCCUGCCAAGUGCUCCCAAUAUGGUGUGAAAGCUCUAUGAGAGGUAUACUCAGGCCUUACGGGUGUACGAGGGAAAGUAUAGCCCUGGUCCUUAACAGUAAGAAAAAUGAAAAACGGUCUGGUCACCAAGGGGUUAAAUCAACUAAUACAAACUAAAUCUAUCGGACCUCCACCAACACAGGGAGACAAUCCCCUGAAUAUAAAUCCUCAGGAUGCAGCUUGACAACCAACGUAAUAUUUUAUUUAGUGAAAAAGCAUUGCCCCGCAAACUAUGGGAGUCUAGAACCACACAACGAGAAGCAAGGAUUGCCUAACGAGUUUUGUACCUCCUGCAGCACUUCUAGUUCCAGAAGGGCACAAAACAGGCUCGUCUUUGUGGUUUAUGGACUUUCUUAGUUUGCUGUGCCAUUUUUUAGGGAUAUAUAUUUUUUCUGGUUGAGCUGUAUCGUGAGGAUUUAUUUUCUCUGCCUGUAUCUGUUAAGAUCUGACGAUUUUGUUAACAAAGGCAGGGAAAUCAUUUUUGGAUAACAAAAUCAUGCUCUCUAUAUUCCAUAAUGAAAUUUAGAGAUAUAGCCAGUCUGCUAUGUUGUUGAUACAGCUCUGCCCUCUAAACAUGUCGCUGAAUGUAUCUCUAAACAUUGUUAUAACCUAUCAAUAUAAAUACUCCCUGCAUGAGAGAUUUUAUAUACCUACAAUCACAUUCAGGCUCUUUGAUUGGGGCCUUCUUUUCAGAUGUAAAUUUUAUUUAAAUGUUAAAUGGUUUUACCACUUCAGUAUGCACUAAUUAUACAAAAUAUCUGUAAAAAAUAUUUUUUAAAUUAAAGUGAUUUUGUUGAAAAAUUCAA